GCCGGUGGGCAAAUAUGUUGUAAGCACCCUUUCAUUGUCAAAUUUGAAUAGGAGGAGAACAUUUGGCAUCUAACUCAAAAUAACUGCUUUCAACAGAUCAAUCUCUAUUCAUAAACACAUUUAUUAUGUAUAAAAGUCGAAGAACAUUCGAUGCAAACCCAAAAAAGCUGCAUCAAGCUUAUAAUCUCUUGAAUAUGAAAACACAAAUCCAUUUGUUUUAAAGUGGUGGAACACAGUGCAGAACAAAGUGCAGCCCAUUAAGUUGCCCCAACCGGGCUUCACGAGUUCACACUUACAAAUAAUCAGAUAGCUAAUAGUAUGCGUACCGGAUAGUAAUAGUAUGCGUAUUUUGUGUGCUGUCCGAGGAGAGGGCUCCAAGCUCGGUAUUUGGCCCGAACCCAGAUUACUCCCCCCGUAUUUCUGGUUCACGAAAGUAACCAGGCGAGUGCGAGGAGACGGGGUGGUGGAGGGAUGCUGAAAACGGUCAAAAAAACAUAGGUGAGUCGACUGCCUUUAUAUAUAGGUCUCCACUCAUGCUGAUUGGGUAGACAUGUUGAUUGCUGAUUGAUGACUGCUGGUUGGAGUGAUGUGAUGAUUAGUUAGAUCAUUUGAAUGUGUUCCUCCCGAACUUUGUUAAUAAAACAUCAUAUUGUGAAUCAAAAAGUUAAAUGAAAAUAAAUAAAUAAAAAUAAAUAGAAUGAAGAAAAUGUUCGUUCUAUUUACAACAUCUAUAUGUGAAAACAUCUAUAUGUGACCCUCUACCACAAGACCUGUUAUAUGUUGCAUGGGUAUAUUUGUAGCCAACAAUACAUUGUAUGGGUCAAAAUUAUUGAUUUUUCUUUUAUUCUCAAAAUCAUUAGGAAAGACCAGUUUGCCUUCGCCAUGCUUCCUGGAAGCAGGAAGGAAUUCCCCACUGAGAAGCAGCCUUGAGAGGCUGGAGUGCCACUUCACAUGGGAUCUGGGGCAACAUCGAAAUGAGCUUCUGGGGAUGAAGAGGAACAUGGAGGAUGUGGACCAGGAAACGUGCACUUGGCCGGUUCACUAUUACAACCUGCUGGCCUACAUCCAUCAGGCUCUUGGCUCCAACACAGAGGCGCUGAUGUACCUGGACAAAGCAGAAAGUGUGAUCCAGGAGCAAGGAACAGAAGAAGCUGGAGUCCGGCUGCAGAUCAACAAAGCUAACCUGGCUUGGAUCUACUUCCAUUUGGGAGAGCUAGAUAAGAGCAAAGGAUAUGUAGAAGAGGUGGAGAGGCUUCAGCAAAUGCAUCCUGCUCCACCUGGAUGCACUCUACACCCUGAAGUCAGUGGAGAAAAGGGCUGGACACUGGUGAAGUUUAACAAAUCCAAGAAGCGCCAAGCGAUUGAUUACUUUAAAAUGGCUUUAAAAGCACAACCAGAUAGAAAGGAAUGGGCCAAAGGACUUGCUGUAGCCAUGAGCAGGGCGUAUAUAAAGUCUGAACUCACUCCAGAGCUGGAGGCUGAUAUUCUAGAGGCAGUGAAAACAGCAUCAGAGAUAGACUCAAAUGAUUUGUUCCUUCAGUCCCUCUAUAUACUAAAAAAGUCUGAGGUGCAGGCCGAAACCAAUGAUGAGAAGGUACAAAGAUUUCUAGAUAAAACCCUUAGUACAGGAAACUUGGAUGGUUUGGGUUAUAUUCUUGAAUACUUUAAAAUAAUUUCUGUUGAGAGAGCUAUUCAAGAGGGACAAAGGGUUCAGGAAAAGUUCCCCACUUCCACUAAAGUUUUGAAAAUCCUGGCAGAUGUGUACAGAUGUAAAGUGUUCUCCAUGAAGGAAGACAGUCGGGAAAGGCAGGCUUGGGCUCAGAAAUGCAUUAAGCUCUUUGAGGAGGUUGUCAGAAAUUACCCAGAUUGUGUCAGAGGAAGGCUUUCCCUUGCAGCACUGCACCAUUACGCACACAACACUGAGAGAGCCGAUGAGAUAUACCGGCAGCUCCUAUCAGAGGAAGAUGAUCUCCCUCCUCAUUCCCAACAGUUACUGUACUAUAGUUACGCGUGCCAUCUAUAUCAGUGUAGACAGUCCAGAGACCAAUCAAUCUGCUUUCACAUGAAAGCAGCAGCAAUCCAAAACACUUCACACGACAAACAGAAGAGCAUAAUGAUUCUUAAAAAAACUGUGGAGAAUGGCAGAAACUCUCGCUGUGAGUUGAUUUCAGAAUUUCUAAAGAUUGCUCUCAAAGAGGAGUAAAUAUUAUCUUUAUUUCACUUCAUUUAUGCAACAUUAAUAAAUAACAAUCACUCAAACACACAAAAAAAUCACUCAACCUACUAUAUAUAAUGUCUCAAUAGGUGUUAAGCAUUAUGUGUAAAAGUGCAGUCACAUUUAUCAUUGUUUUGUGAAUUUUCGGGGGUGAAAAUCAGUCAUUUCAAUAAGAAUCCUUGUGAUCAAAAGAAUUUGCAAUGGGGUCAAGUUGGUCAUUGAUUCACUGUGUUGACCAAGAGAAAGCUGCUUGGUUAAAAAGCGCCUUGUGUGAACUGCUUAAUACAUCUUUAAAAUAAAAAUUGAAAUAAAUAAAUAAAAUUGACCAUGAAAUUUCACCAACAUUUUGCUAAUGUGACCACAUGCAGCUUAAAUAAAGGGGGAGAUUUAUUUGUAUAUUGUACAUGCAUCAUAAAAUAUGAUUUCUUCAUUUUUUUUAUAUUUUCUUUUUUAAUAUUUGCUUGAUAUAUUGUCACGAUCCCUGUAUACUGUCUUGUGUUUUUCAGGAUUUUUAUGUUGAAGUGUAUUCUUAGUUCUCAUUGUUUCUGUGUACACUUCCUGUGUUUGGUUCCUGUUUUGUCUUGUACCUUGUGUGUCACCAUAAUUACCUUCAUUAGUUACCAUGACAUCAAAUCACCAACACCUGUCCCUUGUCAGACCCUUGAUAGCCUAUCUAAACCU